CGACGCUCCGAGGUAACGGCUUCACCUUUAAGGCGGCGCGGGGUUUGCUGGGAAGGCCGGCGGGAUGGAGCCAGCGGGACCUGCACACCGCUGCGGGUCCGGGUGAAGCCGGGCGGGAGCCAGAGCCGGAGCCAGAGUGGGAGCCGGGCCUGAGCUGGAGGCGCAGGCCCGGCGCCCGCCUGCCCGCCCCUGGCCUUCACAGACGGCUCAACCAUGGCCACCAUGGUGCUUCCGAGAGAGGAGAAGCUGAGCCAGGAUGAGAUCGUACUAGGCACCAAAGCCGUCAUCCAGGGACUAGAGACCCUGCGCGGAGAGCAUCGUGCCCUACUGGCUCCCCUGGCUUCUCCUGAGGCCGGCGAGGCGGAGCCUGGCUCACAGGAGCGCUCCCUCCUCCUGCGUCGCUCCCUGGAAGCUAUCGAGCUGGGACUGGGGGAAGCCCAGGUGAUCCUAGCACUGUCAAGCCACCUGGGGGCUGUGGAAUCAGAGAAGCAGAAGCUGCGGGCUCAGGUACGGCGCCUGGUGCAGGAGAACCAGUGGUUGCGUGAGGAGCUAGCGGGAACACAGCAGAAGCUACAACGCAGUGAGCAGGCAGUGGCCCAGCUGGAGGAGGAGAAGCAGCACCUACUGUUUAUGAGCCAGAUCCGCAAGCUGGACGAGGAUGCCUCCCCCAAUGAGGAAAAGGGUGAUGUCCCCAAAGAUUCUCUGGAUGACCUAUUCCCUAAUGAGGAUGAGCAGAGCCCAGCCCCCAGUCCUGGAGGAGGGGAUGUGGCUGCCCAGCACGGGGGCUAUGAAAUCCCAGCACGGCUCCGCACCCUGCACAACCUGGUGAUCCAGUAUGCCUCGCAGGGCCGCUAUGAGGUGGCAGUGCCUCUCUGCAAGCAGGCACUGGAGGACCUGGAGAAGACAUCAGGCCAUGACCACCCUGAUGUGGCCACUAUGCUGAACAUCCUGGCAUUGGUCUACCGGGAUCAGAACAAGUACAAGGAAGCUGCUCACCUGCUUAAUGAUGCCCUGGCAAUCCGGGAGAAGACACUGGGCAAGGACCACCCAGCUGUGGCUGCAACACUAAACAACCUGGCAGUUCUGUACGGCAAGCGGGGCAAGUAUAAGGAGGCCGAGCCAUUGUGCAAGCGGGCGCUGGAGAUCCGGGAGAAGGUCCUGGGCAAGUUUCACCCAGAUGUGGCCAAGCAGCUCAGCAAUCUGGCCUUGCUCUGCCAGAACCAGGGCAAAGCUGAGGAGGUGGAAUACUACUACCGGCGGGCACUGGAGAUCUAUGCCACACGCCUUGGGCCUGAUGACCCCAAUGUGGCCAAGACCAAGAACAACCUGGCUUCCUGUUACCUGAAACAGGGCAAGUACCAGGAUGCAGAGACCUUGUACAAGGAGAUCCUCACCCGCGCUCAUGAGAAAGAGUUUGGCUCUGUCAAUGGGGACAACAAGCCCAUCUGGAUGCAUGCAGAGGAACGGGAGGAGAGCAAGGAUAAACGCCGGGACAGCGCCCCCUAUGGGGAAUAUGGCAGCUGGUACAAGGCCUGUAAGGUUGACAGUCCCACAGUCAAUACCACCCUGCGCAGCUUGGGAGCCCUGUACCGUCGCCAAGGCAAGCUGGAAGCUGCACACACGCUGGAGGACUGUGCCAGUCGCAGCCGCAAGCAGGGCCUGGACCCUGCCAGCCAGACCAAGGUGGUAGAACUGUUGAAAGAUGGCAGCGGUGGGCGGGGAGACCGCCGCAGCAGCCGAGAUGUGGCCAGCAGUGCUGGGCCUCGGUCUGAGUCUGACCUGGAAGAGUCAGGGCCUGCAGCUGAGUGGAGCGGGGAUGGCAGCGGCUCAUUGCGGCGCAGCGGCUCUUUUGGGAAGCUCCGGGAUGCUCUGAGACGCAGCAGUGAAAUGCUGGUGAAGAAGCUGCAGGGAGGCGGUCCACAGGAGCCCCCUAACUCCAGGAUGAAGCGGGCCAGUUCCCUCAACUUCCUCAACAAAAGUGUGGAAGAGCCAGUCCAGCCUGGAGGCACUGGUCUCUCUGACAGCCGCACCCUCAGCUCCAGCUCCAUGGACCUCUCCCGACGAAGCUCCCUGGUGGGUUAACCCUGAAGGGACAGCCAGUCACCAGAGCCUCUACCAGGCAAACUACUCCUACCCCCUUCAACCGGUCCCCCAGCCCUGCGCAUGGGCCUGCUGCUUGUCCUGCCUUCUCUCCCAAGGACCCCUGUCUUUUCUGUUCAAUCUCAGGGUAACCUCAUCCCUUGUCAUCUAGGCCCUGGAGGCCGAGCCAGCCCUCUCCAGCUCUACCUGUUAUUUAUUCCUUCCAGCAGGACCCCCACACACACUCCCUUCCCUAGGUUCCAGGGCCAAUGGGAGGGCCUGGCUGGGGUCUCCAAGAUUAGAGACUACUGCAACCUGCUUUCCCCAGAGCCAAGAACACUUAAGCACCUGCUGUCCCUCCACACCCCUGCUUCCCUCCCGGCCGUUGCUUCUGUAUAUAGAGAAAUAAGUUAUUGGCCGCGCCCCUUCCCUCAGUCCACGGUACUCCCCGGGCCUCCAUUCUCCAGUGGUACCGCCCAGGCCUUAAUCACCCCCAUUCCGCGCGGUGGUAUCUCCCUGGCUCCACGUUCUCAGAGCGGCGCCUACCCAAAGGGUUUCCUUGACCUCCUCAUGUUCCUGGCCUUGGAGGAACGCGCCCCACCUCGCCUUGCCCCAUGCCUCUGGACUGAGGACUCUCGCCCAUGCGGGUCUCCGCACCACCGGGCCCUGCGGAGCGUCCUGGCCUUAUGCACUGCCCCUCCCAUCCGGCCCCGCCCGCACACGGCGGGGUGCCGCGCGUUGAGCCAUCUGCCACGCCUCAAGCCCGCAGCUUCUCGCGAGGGCCAGUGACAGCCCCCGCCCCCACCCCGUGACAGGAGGGACUGCCCCAGGUGUGGGGGUGAGGCGGUCGCCCUCUAUUUUCAGAUGUUGCUGUUAGAAAUAAAGACGGUUUGAAUCUGAGCCAAGC